UACAAAUAUGCCCUAAUUUACCAUGUUUACUUCCAGGUAUGCAGACAUUUAAGAAAAAUGAAGGAAAAUAAUGCUUGUCGACUGAGGUGACUUUUGAUAAAGUAGGAGGUUAUGGCAUCAAGUAACCCUAUACCUUGCCGACCAUGUAACCAAGGUAAACGAGGUAGAGACAACACUACAGCUGACUUCUGGUGUUACAACUGUGAUAAAGGGUUAUGCUUAAGGUGUUCAAGUCAUCACAAAAGAAUGAAAUCAUCAUCUCAUCACAACACUAUUGAUAUUCAAAUCUAUAAAAGCUGUACACUUCCCAUUGGCUCUAUCAAUACAGAAUGUGACACACACCAUCAGCAGUUCAACUUGUACUGCCCAAAUCAUCUAAUGCCUUGUUGCGAUGAAUGUAUUUCCACAAGUCAUUCAAAAUGCACUGGAAUAAAAAGUCUAGCUAGUGUAGUGGAGAAAACCAAGAUUGAAAAAUCCAAGGAAUCUGUAGAAAAGGAUAUAAACUCCAUCACAUAUUUCUUGGAUAAAAUGGUUAACAGCAAAUCAGAGAACAUAAAAAGAGGGGAACAACAACAUGACAGCAUUAACGAAUUUGUUAUUAAAAUUCGAAAUGGAAUCAAUAAACAUUUAGACCACCUGGAGAAAAAGUUAUGGAAAGAAGCAGAUACUGUAUGGAGUCAGGAGAAAUCUAAAUUGACAAGUUUAAUUACUGAAAUUGAAGAUAAACAGAAAACCUUAAAGGAAAUGCUAGAAAAUUUAAAUAUGGUCACAGAACAUACAACAAAACUGCAAUCAUUUCUAGGAGUUCACCAGAUUGAACAAAAAGUUCAUCAAUGUCAACAAUAUGUUGAAGACAUGAAAGACAGUGAGAGGGUUAGUGAAGUUGACAUCCAGGUAGAACAAAAUGAUGAGAUAGAAAAGAUAUUUAGUGAAUUACAAUCAUUAAAAUCAUUAGGAAAAGUGAAGGUUGUUAGUAAAACGGAAUUAGUCUUCGAGAGAGAAACAAAUGUGAAGAGAGAAGUUGAAUCAUAUGAACAAUGUAACCUAAACAACAUGACAAUGAAUAUUGAUACCAAGACAGAGAUUGGAAAGAAGAUGGUUAUUAGUGACAUAAUUUGCCUGAUGGAUGGCCGAUUUAUAGUUGUUGAAUGGAGACAAACAGUUAACCUACUUUUUCCUGAUGGCAAAUUUCAGAAACAGUUACCAAUAUUAGGUAACGCCAUGAAUGUUACACAGAUAAACCAGGACACUAUCGCCAUAACUUUUCCUGAUGAGAGAAUGAUAAGGAUCUUUAGUAUGGAGAAUGAAGAAGUUACCGACGGUAUCAAAUUAAACAAAGAAUGCAGAGGAAUCUCGUUCUACAAUAAUACUCUUCAUGUUGGUUUGAGUUAUGAUGAAGUCCGUAUCAUAGACUUGAAGGGUAAUACACUGAAGUCAAUACAAGUAGAGAGUAAAGCAUUCCUGUAUUACCUUGUUUACUGUAAUGACAGAAUAAUAUACAGUGACUAUGUAGACAAUGUGGUAUACUGUGUAGAUGGAUCAGGUAAACAGAUCUGGCGAUAUACACAGGAUUUAUCACGACCAGAAGGACUUUGUACAGAUACUUAUGGUAACAUUAUUGUAGCAGACUGUGACUCAGAUAGAAUAAUAGUAAUAUCAAAAGAUGGAAAGGACAGUAAAGUACUGGUCAGCAAAGAGAAUGGACUGAAGAAUCCAAAAUGUAUUUGUUUUAACAAUAACGAUUUUAAAGGUUUUAUUUGUGGUGAAAAGGGUGAAUAUUUAGCAACAUUCAAUCUAUCUUAUGAAUAAAUUUGGAAUGAAAAUUCAAUGAUGAUACUUGCCAAUAAAACUUCAAUGUACAAUGUACCUGAAUGUAAAUGUAGAUUAAUCUUAUGUGAGAAGACAUAUAGGCAAAUGAAGCAUUGAAGGAUUAUUAACACUAUAUAGCAUCUUCACUAGCCAAGGGUUACAAUCCAGUCCCCUCCUCUCCACCCUUGGCGGAUUAAGAGAGAAUUUCGGAUCCACGAGGUAAUGCUUUCCAUUGGUCACAGUCGUAACUGGCUGCAUCCAAUCAAAAAGGGCCUUUAACAUGAUCACGCGUAAAUGUAGAAAAUGAAGAUAAACAAUUGCCACGUGCUGAUUGUGCAACAAGUCUUUACCCACCAAAACAUAUGACGAUAUUUAGUGACAAUUUAAAUGUAUUUAAUCAACUAAUAGAAGUUCCUAAAUAUGUUUCCUGCGCAAAUGAUGGAAUGUCAACGUAAAUUUUCGGUUCCUGCUUCAUGAUGUUUGUAAACUCUUAGACGCUACAGUUUUUACACCUCCACACUGAAGAGAGUUCAAGUGUUACCAUUGAUCAAGAAUAAUGUAUUCGGAAUGGGCGUGACUUUUAUCAACCGAUAGAUGGUGGAACAUUAAUAUUAUUAUCGCAAAUGUUGGCUUAAUCUGCCAAGGGUGGAGAGGAGGGGACUGGAUCGUAACCCUUGGCUAGCGAAGAUGCACUAUAUAGCUGACUUUAGUUAUUCUUUUUGGAUCCCUCUUGGUCAUACAUAACUCCUAACUUCAUGAACUUAUAAAUGGAAAGUACAAAAAAGUGCUCUCCAAAAUACAAAACAUUAGGUAUUGUUUGCAGAUGAAAGAGGUUUCUGCGACUCUUUUCACAAAAAAUCUUACGAUUAAAAUUGAUCGUAAGUUAUACUGAAAUGUGUAUGACUUACGAGUAUUUUUACUCUUAAGAUUUUUUGUGAAAAGAGCCGCUGAAUCGUAGAAAAAGUGUAUAGUUUUGACAUGAUAAUUAUAAUUAAGUGUACUACAAAUGAUAGUUUUGUUGGAUUUGUAAUUAAAAACAUAUGUACAUGUUCUUUAACGGAAUAUACUGAUAUAUCAGAAAAUAAAAGAAAAAAUUAAUUUGAACUUUUUAAUGAAAUAUAAUAUGCACCAGUAGUCUCAAAAGUAUUGAUUGAUUCUUAACAUGCUUAAUAUGAGUUGUAAUUUUUUUUUUAUUUCAAAAGCUCAUAAUUCAAUUUAAAACUUUAGUGCUGAUCUCACAAUAUUACUAUGUAAACAUAACUAAACUUGUGAACAUGGUGAAGUCAAACAUUAAAUGGGUGCAACAACAAAUGUUUCUCAGUUGAA